UAUGUGUUAGAGAGUGGUAUAAGAUCCAGCAGAACCUUCUCCCAACAACUCGAGUUAUUGGGACCAACUGGUUUAUGACACUAUGCAGGACACACUUCAUGAUAGUUCUUAAUUCCCUUGCGGGGUUGUGACUCCUAUCCUAAGACUAAGAAGAAGUAAUAUCCAACACAUAAUAAUGAACAAAAUAGAGUAGCACACACCCACCAUUGUACUUUGCAUAGGUGUCCUUUCUGUUUUUUCAUGUAUCAAAAGAAGAAUUUUUUUUUUUUUUCGUUGCACAUAUGGCGGUUAGGUGCCGCCCCACCUCCAGUAUUUAUCCUCCCUCCCUCCCUCCCUCCAUAACACAAACAGUACCACCUCUUCUCUAAACCAAAUUAUAAUGGCUUCUUCUUCAGUGUUGGGACCUUUUUCAGUUCCCCUGAAACAUCAUAAUGAUCACUGGUCAGGCAGGAUUAAUAAUCCGAGCUGCUGGAUCAGCGCCCCCAUUCGCGGAGAUGCAAGCGCGGCGAUCAAACACAAACAGAGCAUCAGCAGCUGGAAGAAGAGGGGAAACAGAGCCGCAGGUCGCGUAAUUUGGCGGCGGCAGCGGGAAUUAACGAGGCAGAUUCGAAGAUUGUUAUUAGGAGGUCAUCAUGGUCGUCGUCAUUAUCCAAAGAAGGAAGCGGAGAGGCUGGCUUACCUGGUUGCUGCGGUGCUGUCCAGCGUUGGCGUCACUUUCACGGCCGCCAUGGCUGUUUUCUCCAGAUUCUCUUGGCAGUUGGAGGGUGGGGAUUUUCCGGUGGCGGAGAUGCUUGGGACCUUCGCUUUGUCCAUCGGAGCUGCCGUGGGGAUGGAGUUUUGGGCUCGGUGGGCACACAGAGCAUUGUGGCACGAUUCUUUAUGGGACGUCCACGAGUCGCACCACAGGGCUAGAAGAAGAGAAGGAGCAUUGGAGGCGAAUGACGUGUUUGCAAUAACGAACGCGGUGCCGGCCAUCGGGCUGCUCUCCUACGGUUUCUUCAACAAAGGCCUUCUCCCUGGUCUCUGUUUCGGCGCCGGAUUGGGGAUAACGGUGUUCGGGAUGGCGUACAUGUUCGUGCACGAUGGGCUGACCCACCGACGCUUCCCAGUUGGGCCCAUUGCCAACGUCCCUUACCUCCGAAGAGUUGCCGCUGCUCACCAGCUUCAUCACGCAGACAAAUUCGACGGCGUUCCUUAUGGGUUGUUCUUGGGUCCUGAGGAACUAGCAGAGGUUGGAGGCACGGAUGAGUUGGAGAAAGAAGUGCAAAGAAGGAUUAAGCGCUCCGUUUGAUAUGUUUCUUCUCAAUCAUUAUCUUUUACCCUUAGCUUGUACAGUCAUUCUUUCUUUCAUUUCGAAUCAAGACUAUUCUGCUCGAUCUGUUCGAUGAUUUAUUUGAACUCCAAUCUAGCAAGGAGAGGUACUUACUGUACACCACUACACCUACAAAAGGGAAAGUGUAAAAUGAAGAAGCGUGUUAUGAAUAAAGGAAGCAUAAUCGUAUUACACAUUCGGUACCUUAAAAUACGAGUAUAUACUCAGAGUUACGUUUUUCUAUUUUUAUUGGUAUAUAUCUUAAUAUUUUGGAAUGUAAGCGAUUGUGGUGGAGCUACAUGUAAAGCAGUGAUGGAGUCAUGCUGAUGUUACGGGGUAAUAGUCCUUCCCAAUUUUCAAAAGUGGGUAAAAUUAUAUGUAUGUUCUGUAACAAUUUUGGGAAAUGGAAUACAUAGUUGAUAAUCUU